UCUUGCUUUAUAUUAUUAUUUGUAUUAGUUAACGUCGGGCUUUUAGGUCAUCGAAAAUCCAUUAUUGUCAUUUAUAAGUAUUUUACCCCCUAACCCCUGAACCCCUUUCAGGUGAGAGUCCACCGUCUAUCAUAAGUUGACUUCCUACAUGUCGUUUUCACUUCUUUCACAGGAACUUAAUCCACAGCUAGACGACCCUGACGAUCAAUAUAGCGCAUCGCAGAGUGGUCUUCAUAAAUCCCAUUCGUUUCUCCCACCACAGCACUCACAGGAAUCCUCAUGUCUUCCGUUCGAGCAUCAUCCUCGUGGACUGCCUCUAGUCUUCAGUCCAUGGCCACCAUCGCCAAUCUCUUCUCUUCUCUUCUCUUCAUUCGUCUCCAAUUCCAGGGACCCCACGAUGCGCCUCAUCGAUGUCAACACCCUCAAGCUCAAGGAGUUCUUCGGCUCCGCGAUCCCACCGUACGCUAUCCUCUCUCAUACGUGGGGGGACGAGGAAGUCACGUUCCAGGAUUGGGAGCGCAUUGACGUUGACAAGUCCAUCAAGCGCAAGGCUGGGUAUGUCAAGAUUACGGGGGCGUGUCGUCGUGCUCAGGCAGAUGGACUGAAGUACCUCUGGUGCGAUACCAACUGUAUCGAUAAGCGCAGUUCGGCUGAGCUGAGUGAGGCUAUAAAUAGCAUGUUUGCUUGGUACUACAACUCCGCUUUAUGCUAUGCAUACCUAGCUGAUGUGAAGUCGGGGGAACUCAAACUUGCCCAGAGUCGAUGGUUCACUAGGGGGUGGACGCUUCAAGAAUUGCUGGCACCGUGUGAAGUUGUUCUCUUUGAUUACCGCUGGAGCAUGCUUGGAAACAGGGGAAAGCUAGCAGCACCUCUCUCCGAUAUUACAAAGAUUCAUAUUGGAGCCUUGAAGGACCGAGAAACAAUACGAGACUACUCCAUCGCUCAGCGUAUGUCAUGGGCCUCCAUCCGUGAGACAACACGCUCUGAAGACGUUGCAUAUUGUCUUUUAGGCAUUUUCGACAUAAAUAUGCCUUUGCUAUACGGCGAAGGAGUUAAAGCGUUUAACAGGCUACAGCGAAAAAUAAUCAAAAUAUCGAAUGAUCAAAGUAUUCUAGCAUGGGAUUCGCAACCUUCCGAUGCUCACCUUUUAUCAAGCGCUCUAGCACCCUCUCCAGCUGAAUUUCGGUUCUGUGGCUCAAUAGUGGCAAGUCGUGACCAACAAAGUGCCUAUCCCAUCACAAAUUUAGGCAUAUCUAUGAACAUUGCCCUUAUCAAAACUUACGUCGGGAGGAGAGUUCUAGUUGGGUUAAAUUGUGCUGAAGAGCUACGGCGAGAAGCUCCCCACUCUAAAUUUUCUUCUGGGGUCCAGUUGUGCAGACGUUUUCGAGUUUGGAUCCCAUUGUGUCAACUAAAUCAUCAUGUAUAUCUCAGAGCACACCAUCCAUCCUCUAAGAUUUUCCUUGAAAAUUCAUAUCCUAUCCUCGAGCAACCAAUUCCAACGGAUUUGUUUCUAAGUCUGGACACUUCUCAAGCUCAUACCGUGCGACCCCUCAAAAAUGAAGGAAAUGCCGAGAUAUUGCACCAGCAUUCCUCUCGUUCGCCAUCCGGGGUACUUGUUAUGGUGGCUUCAGGAAAUACAGCACCGGAUAGAUGCAUUCUCAAGGAAGCGUACCCCCUAGGUGACACUGUCAUUAUUGACAUGAAGUGCCGAGGAGUUGGUACGAGUUCACAUAAGCUCAUAUCAUCAAGUGGCCUUUCCGUAAUAUUUUCGGUAUUUUGGGAUAGCAAUGGAUUGCCGCAGGACUGGCAAUCCACAACUAUUCUCGAUCCAAGCUUAAAUACUAGUAGCAGUAUGACAUCUCAGUCAGAGUGGAGUUGCCUUUUUGAUAAAAGCAAGCACACGGCCUCCACCCGAUGCUGUAAUAAUGUAGUGGCGAUGCGAUCAAUACAUGAAAGAUUACGGAAAGUAUUUGGGAAAUCAUUAGUUGCAAAUAUAAUGGAGGGAAAAACUCCAAUUGUCAAUGUGGAUUCAAAGGUAUUGAAGGAUUCAUUUGAACAACCACAAUUGAUCAUAGAAAUUAUCUUUCGGGAACCUCCAAAAUUUGUAUAUAAUGCUUAAACUGGUAGUACCUACGUACCUAUAUACUGCCUAAAUUAGUAUUACUAGGUAGUAUACGCCUAAUGUACCUAACCUAGUAUACAUAGUACC